AUGCUGCCAGCGGCGGCACAGAACUUGUCCUAUGGAGCCAACAACUUCUACCGCAGCGACAACGUCACGGUGCAUCCGAUCACCUUUCCCAGUCAAUACCAGAUGACCGUGGCGGGCAACCUUUUCCUACCCGACAAUCUCGAUCGAAGCAUCAACGCGUCCGCUAUAGUCGUCGGUCAUCCAAUGGGAGCCGUGAAGGAACAGAGUGCAAACCUGUACGCCACCAAGAUGGCGGAGCAAGGGUUCGUCGCUAUGUCGAUUGAUGUUUCCUUCUGGGGAGGCAGCGACGGCGAGCCAAGAAACGCCGUAUUGCCAGACGUCUACGCCGAGAGCUUCAGUGCUGCAGUCGAUUACCUAGGUCUACAAGACUACAUUGACCGCGAGCGUAUCGGAGCUAUCGGUAUCUGUGGCAGUGGCUCCUUUGUCCUCAGCGCAGCAAAGAUCGAUCCGCGCAUCAAGGCUAUCGCGACAGCCAGUAUGUAUGACAUGGGGGCUGUAAGCCGCAACGGAUUACAGAGAUCGCAGAGCGUCGAGCAACGCAAGCAGGUCAUUGCAACGGCGGCGGCGCAACGUUGGGUAGAGGCCAGCGGUGGAGAAACGGAGUAUACGGGUGGAACUCCUCAUGUUCUCACCAAUGAGACCGAUCCAGUUUCACGCGAGUUCUACGACUUCUACCGCACAUCCCGAGGCGAGUUCACACCUGCAGGUUCUGCACCAAACCUCACCACCCACCCUACGCUCUCCAGCCAGACCAAGUUUAUGAACUUCUAUCCCUUUAGCGACCUCGAUACCAUAUCCCCACGUCCAGUUAUGUUCAUCUCUGGCGACAUGGCACAUUCGCGCGAGUUCAGCGAAGAUGCGUAUGAGGCUGCGGCAGAACCAAAGGAGCUAGUUUGGAUUCCAGGCGCUGGCCAUGUGGACUUGUACGACCGCGUUGACCUGAUCCCCUUUGGCAGGCUCACAGAGUUCUUCCAGCAGAACUUGAGUGAGUAG